UUUGUUUCGCUAAAUGGAAAUUACGUUUCAGUUUUUUUUUUCGAAAUUUACUUGUCAAAUAUAUUUUUCUCCAAAGUAAACUAUCGCAGUAGUAGGUAGUUAUUUCGAUUUUGAAUGUUAAUUGUUUUGUAAGAAGAUGAACAGAUUGUUUCGUAGAGUACGUUGACGUAGUUCAACUUCAAGUAACUCUAGUACUAAGAUUGUGCGAAAUUUUCGCCGCCGCUAGCGUAGUGUUUGCGUUCAUUCCUGGCGGAGUCGAACUGAAAGUACCUCUCUACCUAUGGUCCUAUUUUCACCUACGGAUCGACGCUCGACGCGGUUUGCGAAAUAAGUGUAUGAAAUCUGUUCGAAUUGAUAAUCGAAGAUGGUGUUCGAAUCGAUUGUGGUUGAUAUUCUCAACAAGUUUUUGGGAGAUUACGUUGAAAACCUGGACCGGUCUCAAUUGAAAAUCGGAAUCUGGGGAGGCGACGUUUCGUUGAAGAAUUUAUCUUUAAAGCCUAGCGCGUUGGACGAUUUAAAUUUACCGGUGAAAACUGUUUACGGUCAUCUGGGAAAACUGGUUUUGAAAAUUCCUUGGAAGAAUAUUUACACAGCGCCGGUCGAAGUUUUCGUCGAGAAUUUAUUUCUGCUCGUGAAUCCCAUUCAAGACAUCACGUAUGACGCGGAAAAGGAAGAAAAAUUUCGGCAAGAAGCCAAACAGGCAAUGUUGAGCAAAGUAGAAGAAGCGAAAAAAAAGGAAAAGGAAAAAGAAAAAGGUAAUCAGCAAGCGAACGACACUUUUGUGGAGAAAUUAGCCGCGCAGAUCAUAAAAAACGUUCAAAUAUUCAUCGGCGAUAUUCACGUACGGUACGAAGAUCGCGUCACAAAGCCGGAAAGUCCGUUCUCCAUCGGCAUUUCGCUGCAUACUUUGAAAAUUUACACCACCAACGAGUGUUGCGAAAACUACGUAGUACCGGAAAACGAAUCGCCGUUGUUUUAUAAGAUAAUGGUCAUGGAAGGCCUGACCGUUUAUUGGAAUACCGAUUCGACUUGUUUCGCUAAUACAGAAUGCGACAACGAACUGAUGAAUAAGCUGUUCGUCGAAGGAAUCGCCAGUAAAACUCAUCAAACCGUCGGCUAUAACUACAUUUUGGGCCCUAUCAAUUCGGAUGCCAAAUUACAAGUGAAUUCCAAGCCCGAGCUUUUGAAUUUCAUCACUCCGAAAAUAUUUCUAUCUUUGGUUUUGGAACAACUGCUGUUGAAUUUGCGCAAAUCUCAGUAUCAGGAUUUGAUAGCGCUGUUGGAGCAAUUCGAUCGGAUGACCAAAGCGGCGCCAUUUCGAAAGUACCGACCCGAUUUACGCCAGUACAAGGGACAUUACAAAGAAUGGUGGAGAUUCGCCAUUACGUGUACGUUAGACGACGUGAAACGAAAAUCUCGUAACUGGGAUUGGUCUUGCAUUAAACACCAUCGAGAACUAUGUAAGCAGUACGUUAGCGCGUAUCGUCGCAAACUCACUGAAAAGCCUAGCGAACCGGUUACUAAAACUCUCGAACAACUGGAGCGUGAUUUGGACGCCUUCAAUAUCGUAUUAAUUCGCCAACAAGUCGAAAACGAGGUCGAAAGAGAAGGACGAUUUAGCGCCGAACAGAAGGCAAUGAAGAAGAGUGGCGGUGGCGGUUGGUUCGGCGGUUGGUUUUCGUCCUCGAGUAAGAGCAGCGCGCACGAUCAAGACGAUCAAAAUCUAACCAGCAACAUUGUGAAGCAGUUCGGAAAUGCGAUGACCGAAGAUGAAAAAGAAAAACUGUAUCGCGCCAUCGAUUAUCACGAAAGUUUGAUACCGACCUUGUUUCCGCCGUCGUUCGUGGCUAUCCGUCUGGAAUUUGUGUUGAAAGUUUUGAAAAUCAGAAUUAUCGACGACGACUUUCGAUCGAACGACAACGACAACGGCAACGGCGGCGCCAAUUGCGUCAUGACGGUGCAGUUCAAAGAAGUGCUCGCCUCGAUUAGUCAGAGGCCGGCAGCGCAAUCGUUCGCCUUGUCGCUGACUAUGCAGUCUUUCGAAACGUUGGGAAUGCAACAACGAGGCAUCGUGCCCAAGAUUAUCCGUUCCAAAUUGUCAGCCAGUCACGAAAACGACGACAACGAACGACGAUACUUUUUAAACGUAUUCUUCGAAACGAAUCCGCAAGACGGUCAGUUCGAUCAACGGCUGCACGUCACUUUGCGCCCGUUGAAAGUCGUUUACGACGCGCAGACCGUCAUCAAAAUUCUUCAAGUAUUUACGCCGCAAAACGACAUUACGACGGUGAAGAAUCAGAUACAAGCGGCGGCCAAUACGAAAUUCGAAGAAAUGAAAGAGAGAUCUACCGUCCGGCUUCAGUACGCCAUCGAAAAGAGCGCGAAAUUAGAUUUGAAAGUCGAUUUGAUGGCGCCUUACUUGAUUCUUCCUUUCGGCGGAUUUUACACAAAUAACGAGAUGGCUUUGGUGAUAAAUUUGGGUCGUAUCACGGUCGUUUCGCAAAAUAGGGAUAACGCGAUCGUGAAUGUGAAACGCAUGCUGAAAGAAGGUAGCUCCGAAGAUCAAGUAUUCACCGAGAUGAUGUCCAAGUGCUACGAUUGUUUUAGAAUAUGUUUAGGAGAAGUACAGAUACUGUCGUUGAAAGCCGGUCAAAAAUGGAAACCAUUGAUAGGUGGCGGUGACUGCGACGGCGACGGCAACGACGUCGCAUCCUCGGCAGUUUCGCCCGCCAGCCGCGAUUCGCAUAUUCUUCAGCCGACUAGCGUUUACGUGGAUAUAUACAAAUGCGUGAUCGACGACGAUCCGCGUUUGCCAAAAAUAAAAAUUGACGGUAGCUUGCCGGAUGUGACUGUGAAAAUUACCGAAAAAACGUUAUUGGAAGUGGUAUCGUUGAUCAUCAGUCUUCCUUUACCUAGUCAUUCUGACGAAACGUUAAUCACGGCCGAACACGCGGACGACGGCGGCGACGACGACGACGACGCUUCCACUAUUUACGAUUCGGCCGCUUCGUUGCGGCAGAAACUAGAAUCUCUUAACCGUUUACAAUUUUCCACGCUAAAAAAGUACGGAAAAACGAAAACGACGGCGGCAGGCUCCUCUGCUCGCAGUUUAGAGCAUUCGACAUCGUCCUCCAACAGAAUGCCCGACGUCGAUUACAUUAAUUUGGAAGCGAAUUUCAGUCUGCAAGGUCUCACCGUGUACGUGCAACGCGAAUCGAUGGAAAACGCGCUGAUCGAAGCUUCCGUGAAUACUCUGCAACUGAGCUUCGUUCAGAGAACGUAUUCUUGCGAAAUAUCCGCCAAGCUGGGCAAACUUUCGUUGCUGCAGAACUACAAGGACUCGAUUAUACCGGCCAUCAGUACGCCGGUUGGCGAUGAUCGCUCCUCCCAACAAUAUCUCUUCUUUUGCAAAUUGAUAAUCGCCGAGAAGAAUUCGCCGGUAUUUGAAACGCUUUAUAAUUCGACGGCCGUAAAACUCGCCGUCGAAUUUACCAAACUGUACGCGAUCGCUCAUCAAGACGCCAUUAUGGACACGAUACAAUGGAUCGGAGACCUGCAGGCUCGCGUGUUGGCCAUAUUAUCGAAAGCCGCCAACAGCGGUAACGCCAACGCCGCCCUAAUCGCGUCCGGCGCGACGUCGCAAUCGCGUCCGCAGUAUUCGGCCGCCAAACUGGCCGCCGCUACCAAGAGACGUAAAAGUAGCUCCGGAUCUGCGGUUUCGGUCGCCGUCGAAAAGAAGUCCAGAAAAUUGAAGACCAAAUCCGCGCUCGCCGCCAUCGUCGAAGAUCAACUGUCUGAUUUGACUGGUUCUCAUUCUCACGCGGCAGCGGUGGCUUCGGACGAAUCGUCCGAAGGCGGUACGAUUAUAGAAUUUCAGGUGACCGCUUGCUUGGACGAAAUCCAAGUAUGUUUGCAGACGGCGCGUGGAUCUUUAGCUUCGAUGUACGUGAACGGAUUACAUUUGUCUACUCGAAUCGAUAAAUCGUGUACCGAGAUCGACGUCGACCUACAUUCGAUUAGCGUUUACGAUUUAAACGCCGAAACCAUAUACAAUAAGAUUGCCUAUAUUGUGGAAGGGAAGCGAGCUUUCAAAGCGGUCGUCACGUUGCACAAUGACCAAACGUCGGAUGCGAUUCGUUCGGAGAACGAUUUCGACGUAUCGGUCAAAGUACAGAUGAGCUCGUUACACUGCGUUUUCAUCAACCAAUUCAUCGUAGACGUGCUGCAAUUCGCGAAUAAUUUUCAAAGUAGCAAAAAAAUGCUGGCCGAAGUGUCGGCGGCCGCCGUAGCAUCGGCCAAGAUGAACGUGCAGCAGGUUUAUCAAUCGUCGACCCGCGUGCUUCUAGACGUUUUCGUAGAUGCUCCGGUCAUUACGAUCCCGCGAAAUAGUCGCAGCAGCCAGAUAUUUAUCGUCGAUUUCGGUAAUCUGUCGGUGAAGAACAGGCUGAAAAAACUAGCUAAUACGUCGCCGCCGUCGCAGCACGAGCCUCUCAUCGAUCAAGUUUUCGUCGCGUUGAAGGACAUGAAAAUUAUCAGGACAAAUUACGAACGAACGGAUCCCGAACAUACUGUGUUGAAAGCCGUCAACUAUCAGUUGGUAAUCGAGCGUAAUUUAUCGGUGGCCUGGUUCGACCAAGUAGCCGAUAUCGAUAUUCGCGGCGAGUUUUGUCCCAUACACAUUACGAUCACGGCUCACGAUUACGACGUCGUCAUGAAAACGCUUCAAGAAAACUUGGGCGCUGAAACGCGCGAUACGAGUAACGCAGCCUGCCAAAGAGACGGCCGUCAACAACAGCCGCGCUUUGCCAACGAACAAACGGCGGUAUCAGCAGCAGCAGCAGCAGCAGCCGCAAACGCUAUCGCAGCCGACGAUCAAGAUCCGAUUACGGAAGCGGUCACGGAUUUAACGCAAGCCGACUGUCAUAUAGUUAGCGAUGCGGACGAGCAACGAGUUCGAACGAUGCUGAAAUUCGAAAUGACGCUCGAAAGCGUCACCAUCGAUUUGUACACCAUGUCCAACGACAAAAAAGAUGGUUUAGCGAAAUUCACGGUAUCGUUGUUGUCGGUGACCGGUUCGUUGAUGACGGAUACGCGCCUCGCUGUGCACGCUUCGUUAUCCAAUUGUUGUCUAGACGAUACGCGCUCGUCGAAAAUCGCCAACCCCGUGAAACGAUAUAUGGAAAGGAAAUUGCCCGCGACGUCUGUCGGUUCACCGUCGUCGAUACGCGACUCGUCCGCCGCCGCCGCCGCCGCCGCCGCCGCCGUCACCACUACCGCCAGAAACAUGGUGGAUGUGAUUUUUGAAAAAGACACCAAUCAUACCAACGUGAACGCUCACGUUUAUAGUUUCGUGCUCAUCCUAAAUGUGGAUCACAUAACGAAAAUCCAAGAAUUUUUUUCACCUCAGUCUGUCGGUAAUCCUACCAGCGCGAGCGCUAAUAAAGCCUCGGCGAACGUUAAAAGGCAACCGGAUACAUCCGCCUCGUCGAGCGGCGGAGUCGCCUCGUUGAACGAUCAAAGUGCGGCCGUUUCCGGUCUCGCGUCCAUCAUAUUGUUUAGUUUAGUGCUGGAGAAACCGGAUAUCAUUUUGGUGGAGAAUUUGGACGACAUCGAUACAAACGCUAUUAUUCUCAACAACGAAGCGAAUGUCAAACUUCAAAUCAGCCACGACAAUCGCUUGGCGAUCAACGCGGUUUUGCGUGAUUUACAACUGUACACGUGCUGCUACAAUCCGGAAAAAAGACAUCAAAGCGCGGCGCUGAUUGUUCAUCCGUUGAGUAUCGACGUGAACGGCGCCUCUUCCGAAAAUGGUAAUUUACAUCUGGAUGUGAAUGUGAGCCAAGUAAACGUUUCAAUUACGGCAGGUACGAUCGCGUUGUUGACCAACAUCUCUUCGACUCUUGUGCCGAAGGUGGAAGACGAAUCCGGUAUUAGCGAGUCCAGUCCUCCAGAUUAUUCGGACGUAUGGAAUCAGAAGCCCGUGAAAGAAGGAUAUUGGUUUUUAGAAAUGGAAGAAGCCGAAGAUGCUUUACUCGCCUAUGCGGAUAACACUCCGUCGUCGCCGCUGCCGCUGCCGCUGGUUUCCGCCGAUGCUGCCGCUGCUGCUGCCGCUACCGCUGGAAUACCGAAUGAAAAACGCGUCGAUUUGAUAAUGAUGGCGAUUCCGGUUGUGCGAGUUACUUUAGAAGCUGGCGUCGGAAAGAAAACCAUACCUUUGUUAGCGUUGAAUUCGUCGUUUCGAGCUAGUGUGAGGAAAACUGUCGAACACUUGACGUUAGAGAGCUACAUCAGCUUAGAAAUCGGUUACUACAAUACCCGUUUGGCCAUGUGGGAACCGAUAAUCGAACCGAUCAUUCAACCUUGCGCCGAUUCUUUAAUAAAAGAAAAAUGCGAACCCUGGAAAUUGCAGUUUCAGUGCAAAAUGUUGAAUAAAGCGCCGCCGUCGCAGUCGCAACAAAACGAAGAUUGCUGCGACAAUAACGCGUCGACGGUAGUCGAUUCGACGCUCGUCAAAAUUCCUCCGGUCCAGAAAGAACCGUUACUGUCGUUGCGUUUCAGUUCCGAGGAAAGGAUCGAAGUAACAUUUACGAAAACGUGUAUAGAUGUAGUGAAAACGCUUAGUCAAUCGUUCAACGACGUGGUGCGUGUUAAACAUGACGCGCCGUCAACUUCGUGUUCUAACGUUUCGGCGGUCGCCAUCGACGAAUCGAACGCUGCUGCGGCUGCGGCUGCGGCGGCGGCGGCGGCGAAAGCUCGAUUGGCGCACGAAGUAGAUGGCUCGUCCUGUUAUAUGCUAAUCAACGAAUUCGGCGUCGAUGUGCAACUAUCUUUAACCGAAGAUCAGCCGUUCAAGCUCAUUAGCGUGGACGGCGUAAAUCCGUCCGAGUCAUCGGAAUUAGCAUCAUCGCCGUCGCCAUCGCCAUCGUCGUCUCGUGUAAUCGUACCUCGAGGAUGUACGGUACGGUUGUCGAAGAAAAAACUCGCCGCCGACGUAGACGGUCACGCCAACGCCAACACCAACGACAUCCACGGCGGUGGUAAUCGUCGAAAGGACGAACAACAGCCGUGUUUAUUGGACGAAUUGAAUACGAUUAAGCAGCGAGAUACGGAUUUUCUGCGCGUUACCAUCUUAUGCCGCAAAAAAGAAUUGGCGUUGCCCGUUUGCAGAGCCGACAAACGAUAUUUUGCGGUCAAAUCCGGCGACGGUUUGAACGAAACGUGGGGUUUGAUUUCCGAAGUGGACGUCGUCGAAGGCAGCGUAAUCGUUACCAUUCUUAGCGUAGUUCGCGUUUAUAAUCAUUUCAACGUUGAAAUUGUGGCGUAUUCGAUGAAGAACGACAGACUCGACCGAGUAGGUAAAGUUGGCCCGUCGCAAUAUUUGAACGUGCCCGUCGAAGCGGUGUACAAUACCAAAGGUUAUUUAUUUUUCGCGCCCGAGGGGUAUAGCGUAUCGACCGAGCCGAUCGUUUGGAAAGACCUUCAAAAAACCGUAUCGCUUACCAAGCAAGUGUGCUGUAUUUCGAAAAAUAGCGAAAACGAAGAUCCGUUUUUCAUGCGAAUUUUAGGACAAAUGGAGCAAGUGUACUACGAGAAUACGACGUGUUAUACGGUGGCCAGUACGGCGUACAGUAUACGUCUCAGACCGACGUUGAUUUUCAAAAACUUUUUACCCGUCGAGGUGGUGUGUUGUUUGCAAGGAAUCGCCGCCGAACAUCGUUUGCAACCCGGACAAAAUAUCAACGUUUGCACCGCCGAACCGGAUCAUUCGACCAUCGUGUUGAGGCUGGAUAAUUAUCUGGAUAAGGUGUGGUCGUGCAAAAAGUUGAUCAAGUCGGACGCUCCCAUAUUUUCAGUUUGGACGUUCACGUCGUUCGACAGCGAAAAAGCAUUUUCCUUGAAUUUAGGCGUUUGGUACAGUAAUUGCGACGAUUCGAUGAUUUUCGCCUUGUAUUGUCCAUACUGGAUGGUUAAUAAAAGCGGCUUGAAUUUAUCCUACAAGGGCGUGGAAGACGGCGGCAUGAUUUUACAUCAUCCAGCCUCUUUCGAAGAACCCAUAUUGUUCUCGUUCAAAGAAAAGUCCUUCUUCAGCAAAAAGAAAGCUUGCGUCAGAGUCGGCGACGGCGAAUGGUCGGAUAAAUUUUCGAUGGAUGUUGCCGGCAACUCGGGAUCGGUUUCUUGUUCGUAUUCGCAACGCAUUUACCAGUUGGGAGUUUACAUCAGACUUAAUUACAACACGCUGACCAAACAAGUGAUAUUUUCGCCGUUCUUCACCGUAGCGAACAACUGCCCGGUUGCGGUGGAAUUGCGAGAGAGUCGAAUUCGAAACGCCGAUUGGAUACGGGUGGAAAGCGGAGCCUGCAUUCCGUUCUGGCCGAUCGCCAAAGAAGAUAACGACAAAGUGCUAGAGCUCAGGAUUGCCGAUACCAUUCAAGUGACCGCGUCCUUUUCGUACUUGAAAAUCCGAACUCAUACCUUGAAACUGUACAAUUCGUUGGGCGGACUACAAGCCGACGUUCAAGUUAACGAAGGUGGCGUGUACUUGGCCAUCGCUUCGUUCCAACCUAAAAUGGCCACCGCUCUCAUCAUCAACGAUACCGAUUCGAGUUUGGAAUGCGCCGAAAUCGACGUGAAAGCCAACACCAACGCCAACGCCAACGCCAUCACGUACGAUCGAAACGGCAGCCGAUUGGAAAACUGCGGAAAUGAAAUCGUAUCUCUGAAAGCCAAACAUCAACUGUUAUUCAAUUGGUCGGCAGCGAACAUGGAUAACCCGGCUCUGAUAACCAACGCCAGCGCUUCGCAUAUCGAUCUGCGGACGGACGGUAUCGGCGAACUGCGCAAAUUAGAUGCUGUCCAAAGUGAGGGCGACAAAAAGUACUGGAUUUCGUUUUUGAACGGAAUGCAACGCGUUUUGUUGUUCACCAGCGAUCCGUACGUGGUGAAAGAGAUCGAAGCGGUCGCCGAUUUCGAACAGACUCAGCAAGAAAUACAGUUAGAUCUCAAAGGUAUCGGAUUUUCGUUGGUCAACAACAUUUCCAGACAAGAACUGUUGUACGUCAGCGUUUCCAGCUCGGCGGUUGUUUGGGAAGUACAGAAACAGAGCGGCAAAAGAUUUAAACCAGCCAACGAUCAGUUGAAUAAACGAUUAGAAGAGGCCUUCGUGAAAUAUCGCAAUGCGCUACGUAUGGCGGAGAACGACGACAGCGUCGCCACCGCCGCCGCCGCCACUGCCGAUGUCGAGAUCGUGCUCGCAAAAGAUUCCACCAUAACGGUGAACUUUGGCGACGGCUAUAUUAUUAAGCCGAGCGUGAAAAAAAUACGGCGAACGUAUAACAACGGUUUAUGGUUGCAAAUCAGAUCGUCAGAACGCUAUAAACAGGUUCACGCCAAAAUAAAUCGUUUGCAAGUCGAUAAUCAAAUUUACGAUUGCGUUUUUCCGGUAAUAUUUUCGCCUAUACCUCCGCCGAAAAGCAUGGCCAAUACCAGCGACGAAAGCACCAGCUCCGCUCGCGAAAGACCUUUCGCCGAACUAAGUAUAGUGCAAAGAGUGGACGAAAACGCAGCCGGAGCUGUCAAGCAGUUCAAAUAUUUCAAAGUGCUCGUGCAAGAAUUCCACGUUAAAAUAGAUAUCGGCUUCGUUAACGCUUUGGUGAAAUUUUUGGAAGCCGACUGCGUUACCGAUGACGAAGAGCUAGCGCAGUUUCAAACCGACCAGAAUGUGUAUAAGGAACCGUUAGGCGUUCAUAUUUCUUCGGUCACUAGUCAAGAUUUUUACGACCUGCUUCAUUUCUCUCCGUUGAAAAUACACGUUAGUUUUUCGUUGUGCGGUGAAAAUCCGAACGACGGUAGUCCGCAGCAAGGCUUGCCCAUAGUCAACCUGCUCACGCAAAGCGUAGGCGUCACAUUGACGGACGUUAACGACGUCGUAUUCAGGUUAGCGUAUUUCGAAAGAAAACACAACUUCUACUCGCAAUCUCAACUUAUGACCGAAGUGAAAACGCACUAUAUCGGCCAGUUUGUCAAGCAACUGUACGUCUUGGUAUUGGGCUUGGAUGUGUUGGGUAAUCCGUUUGGUUUAGUAACCGGUUUCAAGCAGGGAGUCGAAGAUUUCUUUUACGAACCUUUUCAGGGAGCCAUUCAAGGUCCUAGCGAAUUCGCCGAAGGAGUUUUACUCGGCGUUCGCAGUUUGUUUGGGCAUACGGUUGGCGGAGCUGCGGGAGCUGUCGGCAGAAUUACCGGCGCAAUGGGGAAAGGUAUCGCCGCUUUAACAUUGGACGAAGAAUACCAGAAAAAAAGACGCCAAAGGCUGGCGCAGCAACAAACUAGCUUCGCGGAAGGCGGUCGUGGAUUAGUAAUGGGAGUUGUCGAAGGCGUCGGCGGAGUGAUUAGUAAACCGAUAUCGGGAGCGAAAGAAGAAGGCGUCGAAGGAUUUGUGAAAGGAGUCGGCAAGGGUAUGGUUGGUUUAUUCAUGCGUCCGGCGUCCGGUGUUGUGGAUUUCGCUAGCGGUACCGUCGACGUAGUCAGAAGAGUAACUACGUUUUCCGAAGAAGUCAGUCGAUACAGGUUACCUCGUUAUUUCAAGGAAAACGGUCUAGUUGUCCCGUAUUCGCAAAAAGACGCCCAAGGCAUCAAAUUACUAUUGAACACGGAAAAAGGAAAGUUUACGAGCACCGACAAUUACGUGUUCCACUUACCGAUGGCCGAUAGUAAUCAACCCGAUAAAGAAGUUCUUUUGGUUACGAAUAACCGAGUUAUAUAUCUAGUCAAAUCGAGCGAUAUAUUCAGCGACAACAUCAAAAUCGAAUGGCAAUAUACGUGGAACGAAAUUAAAGAAGACGGUAUCGCGGAAAGCGAAUACGGAGUUAGCAUCAGAGUGGAUUCGGGCGAUAGCAGGAGGCCAGUCUCCUCUCCUGUCGGCGCUAUCGGAUCACUUUUCAAGAGGACCUCCAAAGGAAAAAUUUUGAUCGUAUCUGAUAAACAUCUGCGCGUAUGGUUGAUCGCUACGAUGAAAGAGUUGGUGAAAAAAGCGCAUCGAUCUCUAUAGUGGAGCGCGUGCGAUGGCCACACAUUGUAACCAUGUCGCGGACUGCGGACACGUUUUUCAAGCCAUCCGACAUUUUGAACGGCUUUCCAUAUUUGCUCGCCGGAUUACCGUCUUACCCUUAUUACACUUCCACUAAUUCACGUCUUCUUUAAAAAACUAACCUACGGCCCUUUUUUAUUUUAUUUAUUUAAUGUCGCAUCGUUUAUAUGUAUUUACUCCUUGUUUUGAGAACACAAAUUGAUGAUCAUUGUUACCCGUUAAGUGUUCUAAAUCGAAAAUGCGAUUCAAUUUUUUCAUUUUUAUGUUUUUCAUAUAUCAAAUACAGUAUGUUAACAAGUCACAAUA